UCACCAUGAUUCUUCAGCAGCUCCUCAGGUUUUCCUCUGUCAUUUGGUUCGCAGCCUCAGUCCAUUUGUGGAAGAACAUUGGUGUUACAGCAGUGGCAUUUAAAAAGGAACUCGAUCCUACACAGAAACUUUUUGUGGGCAAGAUUAGAGAAUACAAAUUUAAGCAGCAGGCAUCUGCAGGACCUGUUGAUACUGGCCCAGAAUAUCAGCAAGAGCUGGAGAAGGACAUUUUUAAGCUUAAGCAAACGUAUGGUAAAGCAGACAUAAAUACCUUCCCUAACUUCACAUUUGAAGAUACCAAAUUUGAAGUUGUUGAGAAACCUCAGUCCUGA